AUGAACGACACAGACUCCUCCGAGAACUUCUUCCGCUACAACGUCGGCCGCUUCGACCUUGAGACCUGGACAUGCGAACUGAAAGAUGUCCGCGGCGCCGCCGUCGUCAGCGACGCCUACGGCAGCCAAUGCCACAUUGAAAUCAUGGAGCGUCUGCUCAUGAUUCCUCUUGCUAUCAUGGCAGGCCUCGUUGCUGCGGUUGCGGUCUGGGGUCUUGUCUCAGGGGGCAGGAGAGGACCUGAUGGUGAGAGAAUGAGGACCGAGGAUGUUGGCCUGGAAAUGGGCAAAAUGGUCAAUCCAUCAUGA